AUGAGUUUAGAACCAUCAACAACUGCAAAGGCAAGACUGAACACAACCAAAGGUGCUAUUGAUAUUGAACUAUGGGCCAAAGAAACCCCUAUAACAAGCCGAAUUUUCUUGACUAAUAUCUUGAAUCAAAAAUUUAAUGGUUGGUUAUUUAAUCGAAUUAUUCCAAAUUUUAUUGCCCAAGUUGAUGGUGUUUUGAAUCAAGAACCUUUCCAAGAUGAGUUCAACACAAGAAUACGAUUCAACAGACGUGGCUUACUAGGAUCUGUUAAUCUUGACACGAGAAAUUCAAAUACUGGGAAAUUCUUUAUAACUUUGAAAGAGACAAGUGAAUUGAAUAAUAGAAAUACAAUGUUUGGUAAAGUUGUUGGUGAUUCAAUUUUCAAUGUGAUCAAAAUAAGUGAAGGUGAAUUAUCAGAAGAUGGUGAGACUCCUUUAUAUCCAGUGAAAAUUUUGAGUAGUGAAGUUCUAGUCCCAUAUUUUGAAGAUUUG